AUGGUGCUCCGGAAACAGCCACCCCCCGGUAUCGAGGUUCCGCCACGAGGUGCAAACGCUGCUGAUCACCGGUCUCCUGUGUCACGAAGCUCUGUCUCGCCCCGAUCCGCCGGCCAACGCUCUCGGAAGGAUAGUUGGGAGCUGGAUACAGAGUCUGUGUAUUCCCCAGACCUGCGUACGUCCCCCGCAUUCGAUCUUAUGCCGCUCGAGGAAGCUCAGAAGUCCCCGAUGUCGUCCCAGAAUCCAUGGGAGGACGAGCUUGUUGAGAGGCCAGAGGGGACCAGUCCGAUGGCCGGGAAUUCACAGCAAGGAAUAGUUGACCAGAGGUAUUCGAGUCAGAAUGGAGAUGCGAAUGGGGGAGCUCCAGAAGUUCCGCCGAAAUCGACAGAUACAUCACGAAUACAACCUUCUUCAAAUGAACUUCAACCACAGCCGACAACCGUUCAGACUGCACCCGGAACUCAAUGGGAGAUGGCUUCUCCCCAGCGCUUCCGUGCUAAUAAUCCCUUUGCGCGCCCUCGACCUUCUAGCCCUAACCCUUGGGAAGAUGGGAAGUCUCCAUCUGGCCAGGCCCAAGAUCCCGUUAACCAAGCACCCGCUAUACCCGGAUUUCACCAAGAUCCGCCCGAGCGGAGCAGCCAGACUUCAGGAAUUAUUCCCAUGACAGCGCGCCUGUCAAUUUUCGAUCAACCGGAAGAUCCAUGGGCUCAACGGCAAAGCCAGGCAAGCUGGCAAGAACAAGGCCACUCGCAAAACGCCCAGCCGGCUGUGCAACAUGGUAACGGCACCCCCUCUGAAGAUAUCUGGCAGCUACCUCCUGCAGACCAUGCACCUGCAACAAACACUGGCUGGAUAGCCAACUCUGAACAGGGUAUAAAUUCCAACAGCGAAUGGCAAGCAAUGGGGGCUUCUUUACACCCUCAAUCAGCCAUCGACCAAGGCGCUUCAGCCUCAAAUAGCCCUCAAAGCUCGUCUCCCCACCUGAUAGACCUGGAUGAUACGCCAGCAAGAUCUGAUUUUAACGCUUUGUCGGGUGAAUCGCAGCCCGCUGCACCCCCGAACGAUGAGCAAACACCGCCAGCUCUUACACAAGUACCGCCCACUACGCUGCCCCCGAUGUCCGAAGCCGAGUUACAAAGAUUCCAGGAAAAGCAAGCAGAGACGUACGCAAUUCGCCAUGUCAACUGGACGGAUACUACAGGAAAAUUGCGGGAGUCGCCUGUGUUGAUUCAAAAUAAGAACGGGCCGUGCCCUUUGCUUGCUCUGGUCAAUGGGCUUAUAAUGCGCUCUGUUGACAACAGAUCUCGGUCCCCGAUUGUCAGAGCGCUUCAAAUCAGAGAAAAUAUCUCAUUGGGACUUUUAAUUCAAGCACUUUUUGAUGAAUUGACAACAUACGAAAACGAAGUUCUUCCUGACAUCGAAGCACUGAGUCGAUUCCUUACCAUGCUACACACUGGCAUGAACGUCAACCCACGUUUGACUUUGGAAAGUCCAACCUCAGCUGGUGUCUUUUACGAAACAAGUGAUCUGCGAUUUUACGACGCAUUUAGAGUUCCGUUGCUACAUGGGUGGAUUGCGGACCCAACGAGCGAUGCACAUGCCUCCAUGACCCAGGUCGCUCAGUAUUAUGAAGACAUACAAUUAUUACCGUUCCGCAAAGAGGAACUGGAAGAUCGUGUUACACAAAGCGAUUCUACGUUAAACGCUGAUGAACAGCGCCUCAUUUCCGAUAUAGAUACUAUACAGUAUUUUGUUGAUGUUGAAAACGCUACACAAUUGAGCUCUUUUGGCCUAAGCCAUCUUAGCAAGACACUUGCACCUGGCUCGAUAUCGAUACUAUUUCGAAACGACCACUUUUCAACCUUAUAUAAACAUCCCCAGUCCGGACAAUUGUUUACUCUCAUCACCGACGCGGGGUAUGCAGACCACCCAGAAAUUGUCUGGGAGUCACUCGUUGACGUGACUGGCACCAAUGCCGAGUUUUUUGCCGGGGACUUUAGGCCAGUUGGCCAUGGACCUUCUGGGUCUGGCACAACUGGAGAACCUCAACCUACUACUGGCCGUAGAUCAGUAGGGCAGACUGCCAGGACUUCAAACAGCGGCACAUCAGCCGCCGCUGCAGAAAGAAGUUCGUCACCACAAGCGACCACAGAGCAAGAAGAUGCCGACUACGCAUAUGCUCUUUCACUUCAGUUCCAAGAAGAGGCUCGGCAGCAAGAGCAAGAACAAGAACGCAACCGCACACGUUCAGGCUCAAACCCACAAACCCGUCGAUCCUCAUCAACAGUGAAUACCAGCAGUACAACUGCCCGUGGAUCCACCGCAGGUCAUCGGUAUACUCGGUCUUCCUCGGCAGUAAACCGCCUUCGCAACCAGUCAUCUACCUCCGUUCCUUCGACUCACAGCAACAUACCUAUGGAUGCCCCGUCCGACCAGGACAAUGACGAGAAUGCCCCUCCUCCGUCUUACGAUCAAGUAACUCGCAACAGGUCUGCUACUGCUAGUAGGACAUCUUGGGCAUCUUCACAACGACAGCAGCAACGGCAGUCUGCAGGAUAUUCAUCACUUGAUGCCGAAUAUGCCCGAAGAGGGCAUUACCCUGGCACCGCUGCUGCGGUAGGCCGAAGACAACAACAACAACAAUUACCCCCAGUCAGCCCGGCUGCGUUGGAGAGAGGAACUAGGGGAGACAGGAAUGGAAAAGAUUGUAUUGUUAUGUAA